UGUUUCUUUGCAUCUCACCGGAAAAGUUGCCGGAUGGCCGGCAAGGGCCGGCCAUGGUCACUGGCCGCACAUGCAGCGCGCGCAGUGCCGGCCCAGCGCACGUGACCACGUGCAGCAGUGCAAACAGACAGCACCCAGCGCGCCCCGCAUGCGUGCAGCGCGCGCAUAGCGUGCCCAGCAGCACGCCCGUGCUCCCAGUCGGCGCCAGUCGUGCCCAGCAGCAAGCCAGCACACCCAGUCAGCCUCGAAUCAUGCACAGCAGCACGCCCGUGCGCCCAGUAGGCUCCAGUCGUGCCCAGCAGCUCGUCGGUGCACCCAGUCGGCCUCGGGUCAUGCCCAACAGCACGCCCGUGCGCCCAGUCGGCCUAGGUCGCACGCAGCAGCACCCAA